CUGUCUGCCGUGCACAGCAUACUUGGGUAGAAGAAACCUGUUCCAGAGAAGUUGUUUGGGAACCUGGGGCAACAAAAGCAGUGUCAACGAUGAGCAGGCCUCCAGUCACCACCAACUACAGAUGACUUGCUAUUUUACUUACAAAGAUGUCGUCAACUGCUGAAAAUGGAGACGCUGUACCUGGAAAACAAAAUGAAGAAAAAACCUACAAAAAGACGGCCUCAUCAGCUAUUAAAGGUGCUAUCCAACUGGGAAUAGGAUACACAGUGGGCAAUCUCACCUCCAAGCCAGAACGUGAUGUCCUCAUGCAAGACUUCUACGUGGUGGAAAGCGUGUUCCUCCCCAGUGAAGGGAGCAAUCUGACCCCAGCACAUCACUACCCAGACUUCAGGUUUAAGACCUACGCUCCGCUGGCCUUCCGGUACUUCCGAGAACUCUUUGGUAUCAAGCCUGAUGAUUACUUGUACUCCAUCUGCAGUGAACCUCUGAUAGAACUGUCCAAUCCUGGAGCCAGUGGGUCCUUGUUUUUCUUGACCAGCGAUGAUGAAUUUAUUAUCAAAACAGUUCAGCAUAAGGAAGCAGAGUUCCUGCAGAAGCUGCUGCCGGGCUAUUACAUGAAUUUAAACCAGAAUCCAAGGACUCUUCUGCCAAAAUUCUAUGGGCUGUACUGCAUGCAGUCGGGCGGUAUCAACAUCCGCAUUGUAGUGAUGAACAAUGUCCUGCCGCGGGCCAUGAGGAUGCAUUUGACCUAUGACCUGAAAGGCUCCACGUACAAGCGAAGAGCAUCCCGAAAAGAGAGGGAGAAACCCAACCCCACGUUUAAGGACCUGGACUUCCUGCAGGACAUGCACGAGGGGCUGUAUUUCGAUACAGAAACAUACAAUGCCCUUAUGAAGACCCUACAGAGAGACUGCCGGGUUCUGGAAAGCUUCAAGAUCAUGGACUACAGCCUUUUGCUGGGUAUCCACAUCUUGGACCACUCCCUCAAGGACAAAGAAGAGGAGCCCCUCCAAAAUGCGCCUGAUGCAAAGCGGCCAGGGACGCAGAAAGUCCUCUACUCCACAGCCAUGGAAUCCAUCCAGGGUCCAGGCAAGUCUGCAGAUGGGAUCAUCGUAGAGAACCCAGACACAAUGGGAGGCAUUCCAGCUAAAAGCCAUAAAGGAGAAAAACUGCUUCUAUUCAUGGGCAUUAUUGAUAUUCUUCAAUCAUAUAGGUUAAUGAAGAAGUUAGAACAUUCCUGGAAAGCUCUUGUUUAUGAUGGGGACACUGUUUCAGUUCAUAGACCAAGUUUUUAUGCAGAUAGAUUUUUAAAGUUUAUGAAUUCCAGAGUUUUCAAGAAAAUUCAAGCCCUGAAGGCCUCACCUUCUAAGAAACGCUGCAACUCCAUCGCUGCACUGAAGGCAACCUCCCAGGAGAUUGUGUCCUCCAUCAGCCAGGAAUGGAAGGAUGAAACACGGGAUUUGUUAACCGAAGGACAGAGUUUCAGCAGCCUGGAUGAAGAAGCCCUGGGAUCCCGACACAGGCCCGACCUGGUGCCCAGUACUCCAUCAUUAUUUGAAGCUGCUUCCUUAGCGACCACAAUAUCAUCUUCUUCCUUAUAUGUUGGUGAACACUAUCCACACGACAGGACGACGCUUUACUCAAACAGCAAAGGGUUAGCUUCCAGUUCAACCUUCACCUUGGAAGAGGGGACCAUCUACCUGACUGCUGAGCCCAACACCCUGGAAAUACAGGACGACGCCUCUGUGCUGGACGUCUAUUUAUAAGUGACGUGGUAACCACCUGAGCACAGGAACGGGACCUGAACACAGCUAUGGGAGAGAACUUCCCCCACUGCAGAAUUCUUCAGAAGAGCAGAGCUGGACCUUGAAGCUUAUGAGAUGUCAGGGAGCCUCGGUCCGUAGACAAUCAGCAGAUGGAUAUGAAAAUCCCACACCAUUUUGUGGGUGCUGUUGCUUGCUAACUGUGAAGACCUGCAUGAACUCUAUCUAAGCUGCUUUUCUAUACCAUUGCCAAUCACCCUUUCGGACUGGGAAGCGCUAUUUUCCUAUAGGCUUUCUGGGUGUUUCAUUCUGCAUGCAUAGAGUGAUUACAAAUAAGCAACCUAUGGAAUCUGCUUCUAUAUUUUUAAAAAAAAAUCCAUCCAUACAAAAUGAUAAAUAAGAUAUAAAUCCUCUGUUUCAAAGAUUCUAAUCAUAGCCCAUGUCAUUGAAAGCUUCAAUCUGUUUUCCUUUAAAGAUCAGUAUAAUAGGUCUGCCUUUACUUUAUAGAAAGCCAGCUUCUAUAAAGAUUUUUUUCACUGUUUACUAGUGAAAUGAGAAAAGCAAAGCUAUUUAUAAAAGGCCUUAUGUCUUGUAUAUACAUUGUCUUUGAAAUAUUUGUGAUUUAGUUUAUUGCUUGUAAAAGAGAAAUUAUAUAAUUUAUUUAGUAAAUACUACUGUAAACUAUAGUUUUAUUGAAAGAAAUAAAAUAUUUUGUUCUCAA